AUGAGCGAAAGCUUGAGUAGUCGUACAAAAACUUUAACGGAAUCUAUCGAAUCGGUGUCGACUCAAGAGCCCUUGAUUCAAGAUCGAUGGACUAAUAACAUAAGUUACCGGCAACUAGUGGUAUCUUCAUGUAUCGGCAUCAUCCAAAUGUGGUGGCAUCCUUACAUAUACGACUUAAAGCGUCUUGUACCAUUUCUCUUCCUUUAUAAUGUAUUUAGCGUGUUCUUUGCAUAUCCUGCAUUCUAUAUGGAACUCGCUUUAGGAAUUGUUACAAAGAAAGGUGUUUUGAACUGCUGGGAUUUGGCUCCUGUUGCGAGAGGUAUCGGUGUUGCUAUGCUCAUAUCGUGCACAUUUAUGGCCUUAUCAUUAGGGGCAGUAAGUGCCUGGUGUCUCGCUCUAGUAGUUCAUUCCAUUCACUCGUUUCUACCAUGGCUCCACUGUGCUUCUUCUGCUCACCCGCCAUGCGCGGCGAGACAUAGACCGCUUCCGAAAGGAAGCGAAACGCCGGCGCAGUCGUUCUUUUUUAAUUUUGUAUUAAACCUAAAACGCGACGGCUUGCAAGGCGGACUCGGGAACGUGGUAUCCGAAUUGACGGUAUACUACGUUAUAUCAUGGGUGCUGGUCUACUUCGUGUCUUGCAAACGAAUAUACAGUUACUCAAAGUUGGUGCUAUUUAAAGAUCUUAUAGCUUUCUUCGUGAUUGUGAGCAGCGCUGCUGGUGUGGUCAGAUUGAAAGGGUCUUCGAGAAUGUUCUAUGAGUGCGAUUGGAGUGUCCUCUAUGAUGGUUUACAGAUAUGGCGUGAUGCUCUCGAAUAUUGUUUCGUUCAAAUGGCUUUGUCUCAAGGUACACUGGUAAUGCUCGGUUCAUACUGUCCGAAACAGAAGCACAUGCUUGCAAAUACGUCGAUGUAUGCAUUCGCGGUAUCGAAACUUAGUUGCACUGCAAGUGCACUUAUACUUGGAGCUGCUCAUGGUGCUUUGUAUAAAGAUUACGACAAUAGUACAAAUAUAUGGAAAGGCUCGUCAUCUUCAUUAAUAAUUUGGGCAGAUUAUGUAACAAGAAUACCCGGAAGUCAAUUUUGGUCCGUUCUUAUAUUUUUCACACAUUUCGUUCUCUCAAUAUCUUCCACGGCUUUAUUGGUGCAAACAAUUAUGUCAACAUUUACUGGACGUUUAGUACGAAAGAUCACAUGGGCGUUCCUUAUACUGAUCUGCGUGUUGUUCUGUUUCAUCGGAAUCAUCACUUUAUGUACACAGGGUGGCAUGUAUAUCCUUAAUUUUCUAAUGACUUGGCCUGUUUCCAAGCCACGAACGCCAAUUGCGGCAUUUGUAGCCAUAGUAAUUACCUACGUAUACGGACAGACAACGUUUUGUGAAGAUAUUUAUUUUGCCGUAGGAGAAUACCCUUGUGUAUUUCUGAGGAUUUGCUGGGCUUUAGCGCCAGUACCACUUUUGAUAUUUUUUGUGUCUGGGAUAGCUUCUUGGCCACUGGCGGAUAUUGUAGCGGGUUGGAUACCAGUGAUGCUUACUUUAGUACCCGUGGCAGUGUACAUGAUAUUUUACCUCGUUUUCAAAUUUAGAGUUCGGAAUAUUGUGGGCACUGAGAAAUGAAGAAUUAAUUAUUUAUAUUUCA